AAAUGGUUGAGAUAUCAACAAUUCCGCCCAACAGUUAGCAUCGAGCUAACGAACACCUUACUGGCUAGCAGCUUCUUAAGUUCACUAAUCACCGUAUAUUUGUGUGUUUACACUGCAGAUUCGUACUUCCUGUCCGAGUUAAUAUGCGUAAUGGGCAAAUCUGACGCACUAUUGAUUGGUAUUCGAUAAUCAAACGGCACUGAUCGAUGUUAGCUAACCUCAGCUAAAAACAGCUAGCAGCUAACUAGUUUGAGAUUAGCCUUCCAUGUGCGUGCGAGGCGGCAAUGAUGCACCAGUGGAGCCUGUGGCGGCUGGUGAAGCAGCUGGAGACGUUAAUAAUUAUAAUGCAGUAUAUUUCCUUUGUGUUGCUGUUUUAUCCCGCCGCGUACCAGCCAGUUGAGGGGUGUGCUGCUGCGGCGGAGGAGGGGGCGACCAGCAGCGCCGCCACCCUGAUACUGUGCAGGGCGUGCGGGCACGAGCUGGCGGUCGGCGCGGACAUCCACUUCGUCCCCAGCCAGCUGGCGCUCGCCAGCCGCAACGACACGUCGAUCGGGGGCCGAAGGGUUAACAUCCAGCUUUUCGAAAACCCCCACGGACACCAGUUUGAGGUGAUUACCUUCAGGAAAGCGGACGUUACCCAGCACUGGCCGGCAGAUAAACACUUCUCCUGGUUCCCGGGGUUCGCAUGGACGGUGGCCACUUGUCCGCGGUGUAAGACUCAUUUAGGUUGGGCCUUCCAGCCCAGCGACUGGCCGGACACCAUCACAAAAACGAAAUUUGACGAGUCGGCGCACACCUUCCUGGCUUUAAUCACCCAUCGUCUACUACGAGAAGAUUUUGCCUCAAGCCUGCUAAUGACUCCAAAAUCCUUCAUGAGCUGAUGGGACCAUUUGACUGUACAGUUAACCCAGGUGCCUUUGCUGCUACCUAAAUCUAUUUUUUUAAAAUAAAUUUCUAUGCACCCACGUGUAAACACA